AUCUAGUUCAGCGUAUGGGGGGGAGAAGGAAAAAUUUUUUUUUUUCUCAACUACUGUUCCGGUGUUUACAAGAAUGGUCUGCACAUGGAUUGGGACUACUGUUACCGAGACACUCUCCAAAACAUUCACGCCGUCAGUGUAAGUAAAUAAAAUAGUGUUUCAAAUAUAGGUUUCAUGGAGUGGUAAAGAUCACGUUUCAGACAGCGAGCUUUUUAAAGCCUGUAUCGACGUCUUAUCACUAAAUAUUCCAUUCGUGGUAAAUACGGUAAAUAGCACAUUUCAAACAGCGUGAUUUUUAAAGCCAGCAUCGACGCCUUUACAUUAAAUAUUCCAUUAGUGAUAAAUACGUUUGCCUGGUGGUUUUUCCUGGAAAAACUGGGACGAUCUUCUUGUCCACACACGCCAACUGAAGAUUUGAGAUCUUUAACUUUAAUCUGAACAAAAACAAACAAACAUAGCAAACAUGUUUUUUUUUAAAACAGUUAAAGGAAACAAAAUGUAAUGGGGGGUGGGGGGGGGGGUUGGGUAAAUCCUGGCAAUCCUACCAGUAGGGCGCUCCUUGGGUGUCAACGGAAUUCUAACUGAAGAUUUGAGAUCUUUAACUUUAAUCUGAACAAAAACAAACAAACAUAGCAAACAUGUUUUUUUUUAAAACAGUUAAAGGAAACAAAAUGUAAUGGGGGGUGGGGGGGGGGGUUGGGUAAGUCCUGGCAAUCCUACCAGUAGGACGCUCCUUGGGUGUCAACGGAAUUCUCAAUGUGUCCUAAAUGACGCGCGAGGCGGCCGCCCCCAUAACCGAAGAUCAUACCCUGACCUCCACUCUCACUCCUCAACCGGGCACGUCCAUUUAAACCAGCCCAACCUUACCCAUCUCUCUUAAAUAAAUGUUGGAACAAGAUAUAUUAAGGCUUGAAAAUAAGUUAUUCUGUCUAUUCUUUUCAAGCCAAGUCAUCUUGUUCCAAUAUUUAUUUCCAGUCAAGACAUCUUAUUCCACUAUUUAUUUCCAGUCAAGUCAUCUUAUUCCACUAUUUAUUUCAAGUCAAGUCAUAUUAUUCCACUAUUUAUUUCAAGCCAAGUCAUCUUAUUCCAUUAUCUAUUUCCAGCCAAGACAUCUUAUUCCACUAUUUAUUUCCAGCCAAGUCAUCUUAUUUCACUAUUUAUUUACUUCCCCCCCGCCCCCAGUCCCUUUCCUUACCCCCACAUUCCCCCCCAUUUGAGCUGCCUCCAGGCGUGUGUCGUGUCGUCCCCCCCCCCCCCUACUUAAAAAUAUGUUUAUUUAAAUCAACCUUUAUUCUUUAUGAAUGUUAUUUCUUAUUUGACAAAACCCACACAAUGGUCACAGAAUACUGACCUGAUGUUACUAUCUUCAUUGAAUACACUCCGAACACUCAAGUUAAGGCAGGUUGACUCUAUUCAUUUUUUUUUAUCUGGAGGUUUGCUUUAUUAGUUUAAAAUUAGUAUGUAAUUAUAAAAAAACAAGUACUAAUUUCAAUGUUACCAAAUUGAACAUGAGGUAUGUCACCAGUUCUAUGUGAUAAAAGAAGCCAAAAUCCAGCUUUUGCUUUAUUACAGCAAAAUUACAUUUAUGCAAUGUACCCUGGUUGCUUGUUGCAAGUAGGACUCUUAGAUCUUAGGAUACCGCCCAGACGACUCAGGGAUUCAUCUUUUGCGCACAGGUUAAUUCGAUAUAGUUUAUGAGAUUUAAAUUAUUUAAACAUUGUUGUUCUAAAUUAUUUCUAUUCUCACUAGUGUGUAACAGCUAAGCAAAAUUUUUUGCUGAGUCACAUCUCUACAAUAAAAAAAAAAGGAAAAAUUGUGUAGGCUUCAUCUUUUGGCCCAGGGUUAGAGUGGAAACAGGUUUAUGCUCACUGUAUGAUGUAUAGCGAGUGCGGGUUAUGGUACAAUGUCCAACAUAUUAAGCCAGAUGUGUUGCACAGGGGAUACAGCAACCCAAUCCCCCACCUUCAGACUGUUCCCCAGGGGCUUGCCAGCUGAAAAGUGAUGCAUGAUUAUUUCAUCUAGCUCAACCAAGAAAACAACUGAUGGCAAUCUCAUUAGACAUUAGUUACAGGAAGCGAGGCUUUUAAAUGCUUAUUGUUGUUGUUUUUUGUAACUGGAGGCUGAUUUCUUCAUAACAGCGAUGCAGCAUUUAAUUCUCAUUAUGUUCUGUUAAGCAAUGAUUUUCUUGUAUUAUAUUUUAGUAUUUUUGCAAAGUCAGCUGGCUGUUAAUUGUGGAGGCAACAUGUGUCAGUGUCAUUGGACCUACUAAUUCUUUCUUCAAUAUCAAAUUGACCUCCCAGAAUGAGCUGCUCUUUUUGUGUGAAAUGAACAAUGCCAACUCAAGAACUUUAAAAUCAUAUUGCAUGCAUCUUCUUUAACGUUUGCGAAUAUUGAGUUGAAAUGCAACAUUUUUAUAUUAAAUUUAAGUACAAGAUUCCCCAUGUCUGUUAACCAAGAAUUAUUUGAAAUACUUAUGAAAAGAGUUAUGAGACGUACACAUCAUACAUGGUAUGGAAGGAAAAAAACAAUAUCAGAAGAAAGCAGAAGUCUAUGGUUUUCAGGUCUCUUCUGGUCUGUCAAGUGUUUGAAUGCCGCCUCCAUAGGCAUUUAAGAAUUAACCAAAUAUUUCAAACAAGCGGAUGCACUGGUAAUACUGAUAAUCCAUGAUUUCAACUUUUGUUGUGAACAUAAAUAUUCUCAGUUAGGCACAUUUUAAUGGGUUAAGAUCUCUGCUACAUAUUCAUAAACUUACAAGGUCAUUAUGUUAAUCAGUUUACAUAACAUUUUAUAUUGCUGUGCAAUGAUGACAAGGCUUUAAAUGUAUGUGAUGUGCAGUGAUGUAUGCAAUGUUAAAGUAAGCAUGCAGUUUAAAACAUGUCAUGCAGAGUGGUUCAUGUUCGUUCCAAGCGUGUGCUUACAAGUAUUCUUUUUAUGUGAUAAGUCUACAGGUUUUCUUUUAUGUGAUAAGUGUACAACUUUUCUUUUAUGUGAUAAGUGUACAGGUUUUCUUUUAUGUGAUAAUGUACAAUGCUAAAUUUAUGAACUAUUCUGCUGUACAAUUUUCAUUUUUAAAAUAGUUCUAAAAGGCCUUUGUUGUGUUAACUGUGUCCUUACCCUUUCAUGAAGUUGCCUGGCCUUCCUGCUGUCGUCUUUGCCCAAUUAAUAGAUUCCCCAUUUUGGUCCCAUUUGUCAGAAUUCCUAGUCUUAUUGUUUGGAUAUGGUAGUAACGUCUCAGUUCUGAUACUAAAUACUAAAUGUCGAAUUAACAUUAAUUAUUUCUGUGGACAUCUGUUCUACUCCGGCAUACAGAUUUCAAAGCUCACCUAGAAGAGUGUAUUUCAAUAUACUCGUCCCUUAUCUAGUGUUGAGCUUCUUUUAAAAUGUUCUGGAGGUCACUCAGUUUGCUCGUAAGGUUUUGCUAAAGUAGACUUUGGAUGAUUUGGUCUGUAAUUGAAAGGUUGUUUAGGAGGUCUGGUCCCUUGGUUUUCACUCACAACAAGUGAGUGUGCUAACCUAUCACAAUGGGACAGCAAGAAAGAAAAAUAAACCAUCAGCUUUCUUUACUGAGACACAAUUUUAUUUACUCAUAGUCGACCGACCUCUUCCCCCUUUUGUUAACAAGAAUUGACUUAAUGUAGACGUUUAAAUUGUUUGUAUUGUUUUACUUUCAGAAUUUUGUGACAGUGGACUAGAUGCAGGCGAGAAGAUGCUAUUGACUCUAGUUGCAUGUAUGGUUCGCCAUAUAUGUAAUACCUACAACCUGAGUGGGAAGUAAAAGUUUCUCUCUUCGUGUGCUCAUCAGAUUACCUCAAAAUGUCUUCCAAAGAUACCUCUUCUUGCUAUCGUCCUCGACCUCAGAUUACAGAGAAGCCUCCUGAUGGCAGCAUGCACUUCACCAUCAUGAAACAUCCAAAAGAAGCGCUGGAGGUGAUGAGCAUUUUAAGAAGGUCAAAAAAGCUCUGUGAUAUUACCCUAGUUGCCGGGGAGGAUAAAAUACUAGCUCACAAGAUAGUCUUGGCAGCAUCCAGCCCUUACUUCCGAGCCAUGUUCACUAGUGGGAUGAGAGAGGAAGAAAUGACAACCAUUCCACUGCACGGGAUCUCCCCUUGCACCCUCGCCCAGCUGGUCGAGUUUGCCUACACGGCAGAAGUGAACAUCAAUGAAGGCAACGUCUGCUACCUCUUACCCGCUGCCACGAUGUUUCAGAUGAACCACGUGGUGGAGGCCUGCACCGUGUUCCUGGAGCAUCAGCUGGAUCCCAGCAACUGUAUAGGCAUAGCCGACUUUGCCAGUGAACACGGGUGCACAGAACUGGAGAACAAAGCCAGGAAGUACAUACGAAAGCACUUUUGUGAGGUGAUACAGUGUGACGAGUUUCUUGUCCUGAGCCCAUGUCAAAUGGUGAGCCUGGUGAAGCAGGAUGAGCUGAACGUCCAGUGUGAGUCUGAAGUUUUUAAGGCGGUCAUUCGAUGGGUGGAACACGACCCAGAAAAGAGACUGGAGAUUCUUGAGGGCUUGCUGGCCUCUGUUCGUCUAAAUUUUCUUGCCCCCAAAUUCUUGGAGCAGCAGUUGAACAACUGCAGCAUCCUGCAAAAAAUGCCUCAGUGUUUAAAAACCAUUUCGGAGAAACUCAAAGGAUUAAAGCUCCAUCAGAAGUGCUCUGAUCUACCAAGAAGGCCAUGUGCCCCGCUAGUGAUAUUCUGUGCAGGUGGCUACCUUAGGCAGUCUUUGAGUAAUUUUGAGUGCUACAACCCCAAAAACAAACAGUGGCUCCGUCUCCCUGAUUUGCCCACACCUCGCAGUGGUUUAGGGGCUUGCAUUGUGCGUGGGGCACUUUUUGUUGUGGGAGGCCGCAAUAAUUCACCUGAUGGAAACAUGGAUUCUAACAGUCUCGAUAUGUAUGACCCCAUGAGGAAUGUGUGGAUACCUAAACACAAUAUGAAUUUUCCUAGGAACAGAGUGGGUGUAGGGGUCAUCGACAGUAUGAUCUAUGCUGUUGGUGGGUCUCAUGGAAGUACACAUCAUGCCUCUGCUGAAAGGUAAGUGUUGGAACUCUCUUAGCCAAUGAUAAUGUUCAGCUUGGUUAUCUUUGUAGAUUGUUAAGUCCUAAUACUGUAAGUUCAUGCAUUCAUAAAAUUUGUUAUAUUUCUAACUUUAAAAGAAAGACAUUAAUUAGUUCUGUCUUGUUGGUUUAAAUAAAGCCUAGUUCCAUCUAGCUUAUUGUCAGUCAAUAAUAAUUUUUUUAAUUAUAUUUUUCCAAAGCUUGUGCAUUUUAAUCCUGCAUUCCUUUUAAGAAAAUGUUUUUUCCCCACUCAAACUUUGAAACCAUUUAUUAAAAAAAAAAAAAAAAAAUUAUGAGUGAUGUCUACUGAAAAAAAAAAUAUUUACAAAUUACUAUUAACAAUUUUAAACAUCUGAAACGUAUCUGCUAAAACAGAUAUGACGCAGAACAUGAUAGAUGGACAGAUAUAGCCAGCAUGUCAACUAGACGUAUUGGAGUAGGUUGUGCAGUACUAAACCGAUUGCUGUAUGCCGUUGGUGGCUUUGAUGGUGAACACAGAUUGAGCAGUGUAGAGUGUUAUGAUCCAGAACAUGAUCAGUGGACUGAGAUAAACCCUAUGAACACCAUGAGGAGUGGGGCAGGUAAGGAUAAAUGAUGGGGGCUUUCAACCCUUGCAUUGUGUGCUUUAGAGCAGUGGUCCCCAAACUUUUUAACGCAGCGGAACGGUCAACGUUUGAGAAUUUUAUUACCGCGGGCCCUUUUUUUUUUUGGGGGGGGGGGGAGGAGUUGAUUGUUUAUAUUUUAGAUUAUUUUUAUUUUAUAAUUUUAAUUUGAUUGUAUUUAAACAUGCCUUCAAAAUAAAAUACAAUUACACCAAAAAAAUUAAUCUAAGGUGAUUGAUCAUUUUAAUUUACUUGAACGCUAAAUCAAUGAGAACCCUGAGCUUGUUUUUCUCCAACGAGACUGUUCCAUCUGGGGGUAAUAGGAGACAAUGACACCCGAAGUGUUUUGCUUAUUUCCAGUUUAUUCCGUUGUUUUGUUUUGGUUACUGUCACUGCAGAAAAUCCCGCUUCACACAGAUAGGAAGUCGGAAGUGGCAAUAGGGAUUUAAGUGCUAUGGUGGCAAUCUCAGGGUAUUCCGCCUUGACUUUAAUCCAGAACACCGACAGAGUUGUCUCGAACGUAGUUUUAAGGCCGCCGUCAUUUGCAACCUCCAGCAGUUGAUCUUCUUCUUGCACAGACAUACUGGAUUUGCCCGGUUUGUUGACAAAAGGGUCAUGGAUCCAUUCCUUACCAUUUCGUAGGUCUUUUGCGGUUGGGAAGUAGCGCUCGAAGUUUUUUAACACCAAAGACAGGUGAUUGUGCACCAACUGGGAGAAUGAAUGCUCAGCCUGAGGCCGGCCCGAUGGUUGCUGGUGCCCUGUGCAUGCUUAGUUUUGGUGUACCCUUUUAUAUAUAAUCAUUAACGGAAAAACUAGUUAUUCCGUAAUGAGUUUAUUACCUAUGUUUUUAUUUUAAAAAAACACUGAAUAAUAAAAUGGAUUUGUUUAACUUGUAUUUGAGCAGUAUGCACAAUCAGCCUACUGAUCACAUUUUUCCUUAGUCUUUACAUCAGAACAUCUUUUUUUAUUGCCAUUUCUUUUUUUCUUCCAAAGUGCCCAAAUGCAAUGCUUUUUCCUACUUUCGAAGAUACUUGAUGGCGCCCUAAGCGCACACCGUGUACGUAAAGUUAGAAUGCCGUUUCUCAACCCUGGACCCGAUGUUCACACUUCACUAUAAUAAACGAAGGAAAUUUAAAUAUUUUCUUGGCGCCUCAGGCUCCCCUAUGGCCACGGCAGCCUGUGCGAAGGCGUAGGUCGCACAUCCUAAAGGCAGGCGUUGGCUCAGGUUCAGUCUUGCCUAUAAUCCCCGGUAAUGUUUGAAAUAUGUUCAAAAUGCCUCUGUUCACGUGCCGUCCCCACAACUCCAUUUUGGCUUUAAAUACAGCUACUAUGUCUCCGAUCUUGAAAAUAGUUGUCAUUCUCCCCUUAAGUGACAGAUUGAGUUCAUUGAGCAGGCUGAAUAUGUCACACGAGUAAGCCAGUUUUGCGACCCAUACCUUGUCACUGAAAUAUGUUACCAGCGGUGACUUUUUUCUGAGAGAAAUCUUUGCAAUGGUUCUCAUAAUUCAAAAACACUGGUGAGCGAUUUGUCUCUGGAUAACCAUCUUAUUUCUGUGUACAAGAGAAGGCAUCUGUGGUCUGCGUCCAUCUCCUCUCAAAGCUGCUCAAACAGGCGUGAGUUAAGGGCGUGUGCUUUGAUUUGAUGUGGUUUAAAACUUUAAAGACAUCAGUCAAUAGGCUGUUAAAAUUCUGGUGACAUUUUGCGGCUUGCCAGUAUUUCCCUGUGAAUGAUGCAAUGCGACAUUCACUCUCAGGUGCAACCUCCUUAAUCCUAGCCGUUACACCAGACAGUCGUCCGGGCAUGGCAGCAGCUUCCUCUAUGCAUAUGCAGACACAAAAGGACCGUUUUAGUUGUCCUGAUUUAUAACCAUCCAGUGACUUGUACAGUUCUGCUCCUGGAGUGUUAGUUGGCAAAGAUAGUUCACAUAAAAAAUCCUAAUGCAUAUCCUCCUGAUAAAGAUAUCGCACAUAAACAAGUAGUAUUUCCUUGUUGUUGAUAUCUGUAGAUUCCACAACCUGUAGUGCGUACCAUGGUGAUGUAUUAAACAUCUCCAACAAUUUUGUCUUAAUGUCUUCGGUUAUUUCCUCAAUGCCCCCUAAUCACAGUGCUAGGCGACAAAGGCACAUAUGCUAUCUUUUUAACAGCAGUCUCUCCUAGAAGUUCACGGCAAAUGUCUUUAGUGGAGGGCAAUAUCAAUGCUUCACCAAUAGUGAAUGGCUUUUUAGCAUUAGCAAUACGGUUAGCCAUCAAAUAUGAUGCUCUCAGUGCAAUAGGCGAACAAUCCCAAGAGAAAUACACCACAGUAAAUAAAAUGGAAAUAAUUUAAUGUUUCUUGGGCGGCUCGGUACCAUUUGAUCCACGGACUGGUACCGGUCUACGACCCUGGGUUUGGGGACCACUGCUUUAGAGAAUUCAAUCAAGGAUCUCCUUAAUUUAAAUUUUUUUGGCACCUACUGACCUGUUUACCCCCGGGUCAGUGUAGGAGUAGUUUUCAGCUCUCAGAAGCGUAGUUCCAAGCUGCAAAGAGUAGUUUAAUCAUUUGGGGUGGGGGUGUUAUUUACAAUCAAAAUACUAGUUGUGUCAGGAAAUCCUAUAAGCUGCUUACAUAAAUUAACAUAAAGAAAUAUACCAGCUGUUGAAGGAUGUUGUUCUUAUUCGAUUUGUAAUGGUCUUGACACAAAAAGUGUGUAACUUUUUAUUGGAAACACCCCAAUUAUUUAUUUUGUAUUCAAAAUAAACCAAACGAACAUUUAUUUUUAGGCUCGCAGUAGUCUUAAAAAUGUAGUUGCUAUGGCAAAAGCAUAGAGGUAAACGUGUCUGCACCCAUCUAUACAUCAGAUAUUAAAUAUUAAUUCAAAUGAAAAAUUUUUUGUUCAAAUAAAAUGUGAGAGCAUAUUAGAUUACUUUGUAUUUGUUGAUCAACAGAAAUAUUACAUCAGCGCAGUUCUUCCUAGUCAUGAGAUUAGAAAAGUUGUAUACAUGAAAAAAUUCAGUAUGCAGUGCUGGGUGCUUCAUACUUCAUAAAUAACAGAUUCAAUUUUAUUUAAAAAUAAUGUUGCAUUGCCGUAAAUUCUUUUUUGAAUCCAGUGGACAAAUAUGCUGUUAUAAGUUAUAUAUUGGCUAUCAUUAGCAGUAUUUAUAGAGAACUAUAAGAAAUUAUUGUUGUUUAUGAAGCCAUGUUUAUUUUUGGUUCAGUUUUCUCUUAACAGCUUUUGUGUUGUUUAACAUCUUCCUAUAGGUGUUAUUGCUAUGGACAAUUUCAUAUAUGCCAUUGGUGGUUAUGACAGCUCCUGUCAGCUGAAGUCAGUGGAGAGGUACAGUAUUGACAGGAAGCAGUGGGAGUUUGUGUCACAGAUGAACAGCCCUCGCAGUGCUCUCAGUGUGGCCGUCAUCAACAACCAACUCUUUGCCCUAGGUUAGUCAAACAGUCAAUAUUCCCAGUACUCGACGAAAUUCAAAAUGUAGCUUAUGAUACCUAAACAGAAUAAGCUGCGUAUCAUUUGUAUUGAAUGGCACAGAAAGACCCAACAUGUUUUCUAGCCCAUCAUACACUAAUGAGUAGACAAUGAGUCAAACUAACAUAAGUUGAAAAUUUGUUCAACUUAUGAAUAAGUAAGCAAAUGAAGGAAGCGGAGCUUAAAGUAAUCAAACUUAUAUAAAUUGAGCCUGAAUCGGCUGAUUUAAAAAUUUUUUUUUACUUUACAUUACAUUAUCGGUAUGGUAUGUCAUUUCCAUAACUAUUUCUUUAAGUUAUGUAAUAAUGAAAUUAUCUGAAAGUAUCUUGAACAAUCAACAAAAUUAACUAACAUAAAUUAUUUGGCAAUCCAUCUUUAUAAUUAAUAAUAUGUAAAAAGACUUUUUGCAGUAACAACACACACACACACACACACACCCCAUCCCCCCUUGUCCAUCAAUUUAACAUAGAUCUUUUAUCUAGCAAAUUAUAAUUAAUAAUAUAUAAAAAGACUUUUUUUAAUAACAACAACCACACACACACACCCCCCAACCCCCCCCCCCCCUCCACAAUGUUUGAUGCUGCUAAUAAAAUGUUCCAUUAAAACGUUAUUUAUUUUUUCAGUGCUAAGACUUAUUUAACACUGUGGUGGGGUUAAGCCACAUGUGGCUAUAGUUACUUGUGGAUCAGAAGUGUUCAAAAAACUUUUGAUCACUAAACUAUUCAUGAACGCACAAUUGACAGCUCAUGUUUAUUUUUAAUACAGAUUAAAGAGAAACAAAUUCUCACCCUCAUCGAAAUUGAGGUGUAAAAAAUAGCAAAACACCUUUAAAUUUUAGAUCAGCCUGUUUCUGGUCAGAUAAACUUACCAGCCUGUUUCUGUCUCAGGUGGCUAUGAUGGCAAUGAUUUCCUGUCGUCGGUUGAGUGCUACUGUGCUGAAGGCAACAAAUGGUAUGAUGUAACGAACAUGACUUGUGGUCGAAGUGGACAUGGAGUCGCAGUCGGGGCUGAACCCCCCAUCAAGUAAAUGCAAGAAAGAAUCUCAAGACUGACUACCUGCUCGGCUAAUGGUUUUCCUUCCUACAGUUCCCAUCAUUCCCAGGUUGCACAAGUUUGUUUUUGUUUUUUUACACUGCCAAACUGUUUGAUUUCAGUUUUGCUAAGAUCUUAAUUGCCUCCCUUGGACUAUAAAUGACAAUUAAAGCAUUGGGCGAUUGGCUUCCAGCAAUAAUGUCUUUACUGUCUCUUAUCAUUUCUUGAAUUUGCCGUCAGCAUAAAAAAAGGUGUGAAAUUAUUAUUUUGCAGGUCUAAGUUGUCUCAUAAAAUCCUGUGUCAUGUCUCAAAGAAUAUAUGGGGGCCAUAUUAUCUUUCAAAUCCUCUUGUUGGCCCAUAUUGUGUAAAUAAAUGCAAGAUAAAAGUUGAAUAACACAAAAUCAUUGCGGGAGAAAAAGUUUGACUGUGCGCAGCAUGUUUUAUUAUGUAACAUAUGCAACAGCCAACGAGCUUGACAAGUGACACUGUGAGGAAACCUCAGGGUGACAUGUCUGACUACAGAAAGAGAAGGAAGAAGAUGAGCUCAUUUACAAUGAAACAUUGGAGAUUGUAUGCAUCUUGUGAAACUGUGUUUUUAAAAUGCUACUUAAAAUGUUAUAAUUUUGAUAUUUUGUUGUUUGACAAAGGAUGCUAAGAAGUACACUCAUUUGUAUGCUGAUGUUUUUUUUUUUUAUUGAUGUUUUACCCCCCAAAUAUGUCUCUUUAAUUUAUUAUUUGUGAAGGCUACAUUGUAUAUUUCAGUUUUGUGUCAUCUGCAUUAUUAUUGAACCGAUUUCUGUUGUUUUUUGAAAUUAUGAACAAUUGUAGCUUAUUUGCAAUGCAACGGGAACUGUAACUAUGAUGGUUUGUUUCCAACUCAAACUGUGUAAUUAUGUAUAAAUGAAGCCGUACAUUUCAUUGCUGUAAUGGACUAAAUGUAAAUAUUGUAACUAGCAGCACCACGUUGUUAACAUUUGAAAUACUCUUUGUCGCACGUGCUCAUCAAAUAUGUUGUAAAAUGUAGAAAUUCAGAACAGUGUCAAGCUUGGUAAAUGCAUGUUUUGUGUGUGUGUGUGUAACAGUGUUGUAGUUGAAUGUGAGCUUGACCUUACUUGUUGUUUGAAUAACUUACAGGUGUGCAUGGGUCUCGAGAGCUUGCAUGUGCCAAUUUUGUAUAAAGUUACUGAUACGUGUUACAUUGUUCUUAAAUACGGUGCAAUCUAUUCUAAGUCAUGGUUUGUGUCAGCGCUGUGUAUAACCAAAGAUUUUGUUUGGAAUGAAAUGCUUUUUGACAUCCCCUCCAGAAAAAUUGAAAGUGUUUAUUAAUAUUUUAAUUAGUGCCCUCUAUUGAUAUCUAUCAAACAAUUUAAAACAAUUGUGAAAUAACUUCUCUGUAAACCUAUUAAUGCCUUCCCUACUUUAGAUCUAAAUCUCGUUACAUUCGCCACUAGAGUCUAAGCUCUUCAGUGUCAUGGGAUUUUAUAAUUCUAAACAGUUACGAUUAUAUGGUUUAGCAUGACAACAAAAUUUGACCUGUUAUCAUUUUGAUAAGAUGAUCUGAAAUUUUGUCUCUAAAUAUAAAUUAUCUACAAUCCCUUUGUUGCAUCUUGCCCUUGGCUUGGUUUGGUGAACAUGGCUCACUAAUUAUUGUUAAGGUUUGACAUCGACAUCUCCAUCGCCUAAUGAUAACGAUAAAGCCAUAUUUUUUAACGCCCCUGUUGGCGCUAAAGGAUAUGGAGGUGCUUUUAUCAUGCCCAGUGUGUGAAGGUCACCAGAAAAGGGGCAUGGUGAUCACCAGAUGUGUGCAAAAUUUCUGGAAAUAGAGCCCUGGUGAAACUUUGGUAGUCUAAACAAAAUCUGGGUGGUAGAGGCUGUCCACGUGGUUGUGAUGCAGCAACAACAUUGAGGAGAGAAAAAUGUUUUCUCUGCCAACCAGUGGCAUGGCUACUGUUUUUGUCGACCCAUUCCCCCCCUAAUCCAUGGACACCAUCCCAUAUCAGACAAUACUGAAACCCAAGGUCAUGUUCAAAGAUGAUGUGGCCUGUCAUAUUUUGGUGUCACCCUCUCUGAAAUGCUGUCUGCUCCGCUCCCCACCCCGAGGGACACCACUCUCUUACCCUUCUAAGUUUUAGUUUUGCGCCGACUUACAUAUCUAUGUCACAUACUUAAUCUUGGGUGGGGAUUUGUACAAAAAGAAAAAUGUAUCAAGUUCCCUAGAUUCUGUCUAGUAUUCUUUAACUCACAUUUUUUAAAUUUUAUGUACGUUGUCUUUGGUUGUGAAGUUUUUUGCUUUUGAUUCACCAAAAA